AUGUCAAGAUGUGGUAAACGAGCAAGUUUUUUUAGUACCGGAGAUUCUGUAGUGUCUGGAAAUAACGGGUUAAAAGAUCAAGUACAAGCUUUAAAAUGGGUUAAAAGAAAUAUAAAGUAUUUUGGAGGCGAUCCGGAAAAUAUUACAAUCAGUGGAAUGUCGGCUGGAGGUGCCAGUGUUCACUUUCAUAUGUUGUCACCAUUGUCUAGAGGACUAUUUCAAAAAGUAUUCUCGCAGAGUGGAACGGCGUUAUGCCCUUGGACAAUAGCUGAAAAUGUACCUGCUAAAUCAGCAGCUAUAGGCGCUUACUUAGGUUGUCCAUCUCAUCCGUCAAAAGAACUGGUCGAAUGUUUGAUUACCAGACCUGCUUUACACAUCGUAGAAGCAGUUAAAAUAUUUUUUCCAUUUUUGUACAACCCAUAUUCCCCUUUCGGACCGGUUGUAGAGUUACCCAGUGAAAAUGCUUUUAUAAGCGAAUUGCCCUAUCACAUUUUCGCUAAAGGUUUAGCGACAGAUGUACCGUGGCUGUCGAGUGUUGCCACUCACGAAGGUCUUUACCCGGGAUCUGAAUUCAUCAAUAACCCAAAGUUGUUGAAGUAUAUUGACGAAAAUUGGAACCAAGUCUUGCCACACAUAUUAGAUUACAAUUACACAAUAUCUCAAGAUAAAAUUGACAACGUGUCAGAGCUUAUAAGAAAAGAAUAUUUAGGCAGUAAAAAAUUGGUUAAAGGAAAUACAGAACAAUUUAUUCAGAUGAUUAGUGAUCGCCUGUUUGUAGUCGAUAUUAUAAAAGCUGUUAAAAUGCAUGCGCAACUUUAUAAAUCUCCGGUUUAUUUAUACCAAUUCGGAUACCGGGGUAGCCAUAGUCUUUCGGAACAUUUUGCAAAAUCAAAUGAAAAUUAUGGAGCUAGUCAUGCAGAUGAUACGGGCUACGCAUUACGAAACGUAUACUCAAACGUCGAAGACUCAGAAUUGGAUAAAUCAUUAAUACCAAUUGUGAUUAAUAUUUGGACAUCAUUUGCUUCUAAAGGAAUACCGUCAACUGGAAUUAGCUCUAUAAAUUGGACUCCUGUGAGCAAAGAUCCUAAUAAUUCAGCUGUAUCGUUUUUAAAAAUAUCUUCCCCUACCAAUAUUACUAUGGACGAAGUCCAGAACAUGGGAAGAACUAGCUUUUGGGAUUCGUUGGACUUUAACGAGAAUGAACAUUAUUCUUAUAAUAAAAAU